CGCUAUAUGUAUUCAAAUAUACCCAUUAUGCCUCGGCUACAACUAGUUUCUAUUCUGUAUUUCAUCUUGGAGCUUCUUUUACCAUCAAUUUCUGCUGCUGUAAUCACCAAAUUACUUGGAUGUGAGGGUAAAUGUGGGAAUUUAUCGAUUCCAUAUCCAUUCGGAGUCGGGUCGAAUUGCUCACUGGGCCCAUCCUUUACGAUGAGUUGCAAUACUUCCACAAACCCUCCAAAGGCGUACCUUUCCAUCAUCAAUAAAGAAGUGAUUGAAAUAAAUGAAACAUAUAUUCGGGUAAAGUAUCCCAACCUAGUUUCAGUUUGCUAUGAUUUGUCAGCAGCGAAAUCAUCAUAUUCAUACAAAGACAGUAUGGCUGUGAACUUGACGGGGACUCUGUAUGCGUUGUCGAUGUACACAAACAGACUCACCGCCAUAGGCUGCGAUGACGCCGUGUUGCAGUCCAACGGAACUUCCACCAACGGCGGCUGCUCAGCGUUUUGUGAUGACGACACUGAAAAGGGCGGCGUCGGGUAUUGCCCAUUUGAUCCUACUUUGAUCGGUAACGGUUGUUGCCAGGCCCAAAUCGUCGGAGACUCGGGUUUAAUGGGAGCAGAAUUAAUUGAGUUUAGCAGAAUAGUGCAACGUAGAAGACUUUUCCCAUGCAGUUACGCUUUUAUCCAGGAAGUCUCAGAUGCAAUUGGAUUUUCAUAUCCAUUAUACUACCUCCAUAACUCAUCAGCAAUGCAUAAUGAUAAUUGGGCAUCAUCAACAAGUCCUCCGGUGGUGCGGUUGGAUUGGGUUCCCGGGGCUCAAAACUGCAGCCAAGCAAAGCUCAACCCCUCUACUUACGCAUGUCGAGAUGAUAAGAGUUUAUGUGUUGAUGUUGCUAAUGUGAGUAGAGGAUACCGGUGCAGCUGCGUGCAAGGAUACGAGGGCAAUCCUUAUUUGCUUGGAGGCUGCCAACCAAUUUCAUUUUCCAGUAGUUCAAUUGCAAAAAAUGGUUGCCAGGAUCAGUGUGGGGGAUUGUCCAUUCCGUUUCCAUUUGGAAUCGGACAGAAUUGCUAUUUGGCGCCAUCUUUUGAAAUAGAAUGCGAUACUUCCACCAAUCCUCCAAAAGCCUACCUCUCAGUUAUGAAGGCUGAAAUCACCAACUUCAAUUCAUCACAGGUUUGGGUCAACUAUCCAACCUUAGGUUUAGCUUGCUACAAUUGGUCGGAUUCUCAACAGAGAAUCAUUAAGACAGAGGAGAAAAGCUUGAUUAUAGACUUAGCAACAACUCAGUACACGUUGUCGGAAGAUAGCUGGAUCUCUGUGAUUGGGUGCGAUGAUGUAAUGGUGGGUACGAUCCGACAUGCCACCAAUCGGAUUUCUGUAGGCACCAUCUGCGCAGCUGUUUGCAAAAAUAAUCAAAUUUCCAAUGAUUAUUAUGCAUAUUGUCCAACUAAAACUACAGAGUACUGGCCUGGGAAUGGCUGUUGCAGGGCACCCAUUCCUCGAGGAACCUCAUACCUAGAAGCGAAUUUGAGUGACUUUAGUGGACGAUGGCCACGUACCAAUUUCUCUUGCAGCUACGCAUUCCUUGGAACCAAGCACGAUUAUUAUCAAGCAACAUACCCCAUUUUGAAUAACUCAACAGAGAUUCAAACUGAUGAUUCACAAAAAAAUUAUCGGUUGACAAUAUUCCCACUGGAUUGGAGAAUUGGUGCGUCGAAUUGCAAAGAAGCGCAAUUGAAUACAACUGAUUAUGUGUGUCAGAAUAACACAGACUGCAUUGAUUUCGAUGAAACAAUUAAAGGGUACCUCUGCAACUGCUCCAAAGGAUACCAAGGCUAUCCUUAUCUUAGCCCAGGAUGCCAUGAUAUUGAUGAAUGCGCGGAUAUUGCAAGUAAUACAUGCGUUUCAAAUUCAAUUUGCAUCAACACUCGUGGCUCUUAUCACUGCUUAUGUCCAAAAGGGUAUGUUGGUGAUGGGAGGAAAGAUGGCACACGUUGCAUUCAGAUGCCGCCAUCCAAGACUAAGACCAUAAUCUUGACAGGCAACAAUUUUUUUGGUUUUUGUUUUCAUUAUAUUGUUUAUCGGAUCAAAUCACGACUCAAAUGUACACUAUAAAUAAAACUGUAUAUAUGCAAUUCCAUAAGAAUGACAAAAAGAUUAAUAUAAAAAUAAAACUCAAUAAGCUUGACUUGCAUGUUUAUAUGUUCAUGGUUUCUCAAUCGAGUAAUUUUAUAUACAGGUAUGGGCUC